AUGCGACUACCGAAUCAGCUACUGUCUUCUCUUCUGGUCUUAUGCGCUGCAUCUCUCGGUGUCGCAGCCACAUGGGGGUUUGAAGAUGCCACAGUCUCCGUGAAUAAGAGAGGAGCUGGGGUAGGGGGAGGCUUCAAAGAAAAGAUCGGACAAAACAAAGCUUUGUCGAAGCCUGUCACUCUAGGAGCAUCAGAGACCCUCAAGAUCCUCCUGACAACCAAAGAGGACAACAAAGCCAAAAGGCCGCAUCAAGCAUUCCUUCUGGUCCAAGAUCCCCAGAGCAAAUUAGACACAUCCUUCGCAUUUCAGGUCAAAGAGAAUGGGAAGGGCAAGAUUGAGCUCACCCAGAAGGACCUCCCAACUCAACUACUAUCCUCAACAGGACCUCUCGAUGCGUCACUGAUCAUUGCAUCGUUCGGCUCAUCAAAGCCAUACAACGGCAAAGCCUUCGAUCUUACCAUCGAGCUCGACUCUGGCUCUCCCUUACCCGCCUCUGAGAAGCCUUUGCGCUAUGGAAAGCUUCCGGAGAUCCACCAUAUAUUCAAGUCAGACCCGAAAAGCCCCCCAAAAAUCAUUACACUGGUAUUCGCAGCAGCUGUAAUAGCGGCUCUGCCCAUCUUGCUAGGCGCUUGGAUAUCACUCGGCGCAAAUCUCAACCAUUUCUCUAAAGCUUUUAGCAGCUCCCCAAUCCCACACGCGCUGUUCUUCAGCUCGAUCUUGGCUAUGGAGGGCGUGUUCUUCAUGUACUACACGUCUUGGAACCUGUUCCAGACACUACCACCAGCUCUUGGCAUAGGAUUGGUAACCUUCCUCAGCGGAAGCAGGGCAUUGCGCGAGGUACAAGGACGGAGAAUUGCCGGGCUGCGGUGA